CACUUGCAUAAUACCGUAUGUAUAUAUUACCGGUUAUUCUCCGCCUAUUUGGACUGAAAAAUGGAGCAUACUGACAAAAGGCGUUUCGAUGUCUUCUCUGCUGUUAUCAAAGAUAGAAUCAUUUACAGAACACUUUUAACACCUACUUGCAGAGAUUAUAAUUUAUAAAGAAAUCAGACAAGUUAGUCGUAUAGCUUAUCAAGAAACAACAAUGGAGGGUGAGAUUAGCAAGUUCUUGAAGGUAUGGCUUUUAGUCUUUGCAUCUUUAAUCUAUUGCUAUGCUCUUGGCAAGAAUGUUCCCGAAGGCAAAUCAAGAUUCAUUUUAUUAUUACCAAUCAUCUGCCUCUUUCUUUACCUUCCUCUUAAUCUUUCCACUAUCCAUCUUGGUGGCAUGACUGCAUUUUUUAUAGCUUGGCUUGCGAAUUUCAAGCUCUUGCUGUUUGCUUUUGGUAAAGGCCCUUUAUCUUCCAAUCCAUCAAUCUCUCUUCCAAGUUUUCUUGCUCUUUCUUGUUUACCUAUCAAGAUCCAAGAUAACCCGUCUCCAAAAUCACAACUUGAGCAAAACCCAUAUCCUAAAAUCUCUAAACAAGCCAAGAAAUCAUCUCUGAAUUAUGCAAUAAAAGGUAUACUUUUGGCUACUUUAGUACAUGUCUAUAAUUAUAAUGACUACAUCCAUCCAAAAAUCGUAUUGUGUUUUUAUUGUGUACAUAUCUACUUCUUUCUAGAGAUUGUUCUAGCCAUGGUUACAGCCGUGGUUCGGACCAUUUUAAGAGUAGAGCUCGAACCACCCUUCAAUGACCCAUACCUUUCGACUUCGCUACAAGACUUUUGGGGUAAAAGAUGGAACCUAAUGGUUAGCAGUAUCCUACGCUCAACCAUAUAUGAACCCACCCUCACCAUCAGCGCACGCAUCAUUGGCAGAAAGUGGGCUCCAAUUCCAGGCGUUCUGGCUUCAUUUUUGGUAUCAGCUGUUAUGCACGAGCUUAUGUUCUAUUACCUUGGGCGCGUGAGACCCACGUGGGAAGUAACCUGGUUUUUUAUUUUACAUGGGUUCUGUGUGGUGGUGGAGAUAGCUAUAAAGAAGGCAUUGAAAGGUAGGUGGCGGUUGCCUGAGCUGAUUUCAGGGGUUUUAGCUGUUGGUUUUGUGGUGGUGACUGGUUUUUGGCUUUUCUUUCCGCAAUUCCUACAACAGUGUAGGGCAGACGUUAGGGCGUUUGAAGAGUACGCGGCACUUGGCCCGUUUCUUAAGAAUUCUUACCGAGUUAUUUUUAGACCCGUUGUCACAAGCUUCCGAUAAUUAUAUUUUUUCUAUAAUAAAAAUAUUGUAAAAUUUUAAUAAAAUUUUGUACAUCUCUCCGGUCAAUUCUGAUAGGGAUAAUGAUUAAAACUUGUAGUAUUUUAAUUAAUAUAAUUAUUUUUAACUAUUUUUUAAUAAUUUUCUUUCAUUAAACUUACAGUAGUUCAAAUAUUGCUAGAUGUUGCAUUAAAUUUUUUUAAAUAAUCUGUAAUUUUAAAAUAAAGAAAAUGGAAUUAAGUUAUAGGUACUGCUAUUUUUCUUAACAUAAUAUGUUGAUAUUUAUGUUAAUUAAUAAAAAAUAUUUUUAAAUAUUUAAUUAUGAAACUAAAAAUUAAAAAAGAAAUACAUUUUUGAACCAAUAAAAAAAGGUAACCUAUCAAAAUUGAAGGGAGAAGUUUUUACAAUCUUUUCAAGGAUUAUGUUAUGUUAACUUUCAUUAGUUAGGACCAAAACUUGUAUUGUAUGGAUGUAGCUUGGUGUUUUCAAUCUCUUUCUUUCAAAAGUGAGCCCUUUAUAUUAAUGGUUUCUUCUCGGGAUAAUUAUAUGUUAUCGAUAAUUAAUUUCUUAAAAAAAAGGAAUUAUAUUAUUUGGUUUGAAUCAUUCAGUCUCAGUCGGCAUUAGCCAUAGAGGAAUUUCCUCUUCUAAGCACUCUACUGAUGAGGCUGAUAAUUACCUCGUUUCUUCUCAGACAAUUGAGUCUGUGCAAUGGAAACAAUCAAAACUGGUUGGCGGGUUUUGGAGUCUUGAUGAUAAAGUCUUGGAUCAACUAAAGAAGUGGGACUUUUUCUUGAGAUAGUGAUGUUGAUGACUUCAAAAUGAAAUUGAAGCAGAAGUUUCUAGUUAUUUUGUAUGAUAUUUGGUUCUCGGAACUGUGAGCACUGGCGCUGGAAGCAGAACUAUUAUCAAUUCAAGGGCAAGAAGUUUUUGACAAUUGCUUGGAUUUGGAAGAAAUUGAUAAGGAGAUUGCUGAAAGAUUUUCUUUGGCUGGGAGACAGUGCUGCAGAUUUACCAGAGAUGAAAUCUCCAGCCUUGAGAUUGAGUUUACAAAUUAAGAUUUGCAGCAGCCAUGUUAGAGUAAUGACUUUGUGCACAUGAUCCUGAUGCUUCACCAUUGCUGGUUUAUCAGAGUAAUAAAUUGUACAAGUAGCCAUAACAAGAGAAGUUAUAGAUCGACAGAAUGUACCAGUGUGCUUAGUCUUACUGUUCAAGUACCAUGAGAAAAGCUCUGUAUCAUUUUUAGUUUUGGACAAGCUCUUCACCAUUUUCUUCUUUUUCAAACUCA